AUGGAGAGAAGGCCCAAUGGCGCCGAAAAAUCAAGCAGCAUCAGCCAUGCGAGCUCCACGACCCCUAUCGACGUCGGCGAGAGGCUUUCCAGCAAGGCGAAGCCGAAACCCAAUCCCCUUAAGCUCAAGCCGACGAAGGCCGACAGGAAGGGCGUUGCCAACGCCUUCGAACGUCACAGCCAGGUCCUCCAAGCGCGGGUUAAGCCAUUGCCUACCCAGGCGGGCACCGGCACAUUUUAUGAGACCCCAAGAUGGGGGAAGCUCCGCGACGAUCUUAAGGCGUUGCGGGUUGCGGAUCUUAAGACCUUGAAGAACAUGCUCGUCGCCAAGGUGAAGGGCGAGAAGUUGACGGACGACAAGACCAUGAUCAUGGAGCGCGUCAUUCAGAUGGUCGCAAAUCUGCCCAGCAACUCGAAGCUGCGGACCGAACUGACCAACACUUUCCUGGGGGAACUCUGGUACUCGCUGGAGCACCCACCAUCGCUGUACCUGGGCGACCAGUACAAGUACCGCCAGGCCGAUGGGUCGUACAAUAACAUCAUGUUCCCGCAACUAGGCGCGGCUGGGACUGCAUAUGCCCGGUCUGUUAACGCCAACGUCCUGCGACAGGGCGCCCUUCCCGACCCCAACCUUGUUUACGACUCGGUCAUGAAGCGUAGCGAGUACAAGAAGCACCCGAACAAUGUGUCUAGCAUCCUUUGGUACUGGGCCAGCAUCAUCAUUCACGAUCUGUUCUGGACGGACCAUCGGGAUAUGAACAAGUCCAAGACUUCUUCAUACCUCGAUCUGUCGCCGCUCUACGGCAGCAAUCAGGAGAUGCAAGACAGCAUCCGGACGUUCAAGGACGGAAAGCUGAAGGCCGACUCCUUCGCCGACAAGCGGCUGCUGGGCAUGCCGCCCGGAGUUGGUGUGCUUUUGAUCAUGUUCAACCGCGUCCACAACUACACCUGCGACAACCUCAUCGCCAUCAAUGAGGACGGCAAGUUCACACCACCAUCACCUAGACUGGAGGGUGAGAAGGCCGUGGCUGCCUGGAAGAAAUACGACAACGACCUCUUCCAAACAGCUCGCCUGAUCACCUCGGGCUUGUACAUCAACAUCACUCUCCUUGAUUACGUGCGGAACAUUGUCAAUGAUGACAAGUGGAUCGAGGAAUUCUACUACGAUCUGUUUGGAAAGCCGGGCGACGAAGUGUCUGUCCAGGACCUGAUCAUGGGUUUUGGCAAGUUUGAGGCCAGGAUUCCCGCCGACCCCGCCGAGCGAUCGUUCAACAACUUCAAGAGGGGUCCAAACGGGAAGUUCAGCGACGAUGACCUAGUCGAGUGCAUUACUUCUUCUGUCGAGGACGUUGCUGGGUCAUUUGGCGCGCGGAAUGUGCCCACCUCGAUGCGCGCCAUCGAGAUCCUGGGUAUCAUCCAAGGCCGGAAGUGGAACGUCGCUGGUCUUAACGAGUUCAGGAAGCACUUCGGCCUCAAGCCGUACGAGUCGUUCGAGGACAUCAACUCCGACCCUGGCGUUUCGGAUGCGCUCCGCCGUCUGUACGACCACCCGGAUUUCGUGGAGCUGUACCCUGGCUUGGUUGCCGAGGAGCACAAGGCGCCCAUGGUGCCCGGCGUGGGGAUUGCUCCGACGUACACCAUCUCGCGCGUGGUUCUGUCCGAUGCCGUCUGCCUCGUUCGCGGUGACCGCCAUUACACUGUUGACUACAGCUCCCGUAACCUCACCAACUGGGGUUACCAGGACGCGCAGUACGACCUGAACAUCAACCACGGUUGCGUCUUCUACAAGCUGUUCAUCCGGGCGUUCCCGCAUCACUUCAAGCACAACUCGGUCUACGCGCAUUACCCCAUGGUGGUGCCCUCGGAGAACGAGAAGAUUCUGAAGGACCUCAAGCGUGAUCAUCUCUUCGACUUCACGCGACCCACUCGUAUCUCCCGCGAGACAGAGUGUGGUUCGUUUGAGGGAGCCCAGCGGGUGUUCGCUAACCCUGACAAGUACAAGUCGUCAUGGCACGCCAACCUCAAUGCCCUCGCCCCCAACGGCAAGACUAGGGUCUCGGCCGACUCGACUCACCAGGACCGCCACCGUCAUGAGGUCAACCAGCCGCUGGCUACAGCCGAUCUCGUGGCCCAGGUCAAGUCAUUUUACCGCAUCGCGACGGAGCAGCUGCUUGGACAUGAGAGCUACCACCUCGGUGGCCACAAAAUGGUUGAUGUCGUGCGCGAUGUGGCCAACGUAGCGCCGACCCGCUUUGUUUCCGCUCUCUUCGGCCUUCCCCUGAGGGGCAAGAACUUCAAGGGUAUCUACACGGACCAUGAGCUGUAUGCCGUGCUUUCGACUAUCGCCGAGGCCGUCUUCACGAACCCCGACCCUGUCAGGAAAUUCCCCUUGUUCGAGGCAGCCAAGACGGUCGCCGCCCAGUUAGCCUCCUCGAUCGAGCGCCAAGUCAAGAGCCCCAAGCCGGGAAAGAAUGACCCGCUGAAGGCGUACGGCAUGAACCUCAUCAAGGGUCUGGCCAAGGUCGGGUUGAACAUCCACGACAUUACCUGGGGCCACGUCCUCGUAACUUGCGCUGCCAUCGUUCCGUACCAAGCCAAGCUUUUCGCCGAGGCCGCCGAUUUCUACCUCUCCCCCAAGGGCGAGGCCCAUCUCGAAGCAAUCCGGUCGCUUGCCGCGCAGCCCGCGUCGGAGCAGUCUGACGCCCUGCUCCUGGGCUACGCGCUCGAAGGCGUCCGCCUUUCGGGCUCCACGAAGCUUCACUACGAGGCCACGGCAGCCGACGAGCUCACCGCCGCGGACGGAAGCACCAUCCAAGUUCAGGCCGGCGACCGCAUCGCCGUCACCUCGUCCGCCGGCUCCGACACCGUCGACCCGUCCCGUCCGCGCGAGAGCUACUUGCACAUCACGGCGCUGCCCAACGCGUCCUUCCUGGGCCCCGCGGCACGCGACAUGUCCGAGGCGGCGCUGACCGAGAUGUUCCGCGCGCUCUUCAAGCGGCCCAACCUGCGCCGCGCGCCGGGCCCCCAGGGCGAGCUGAAGCGCGUCGUGGGCGUCAGCGGCGUCGAGGGCGCGGUCGAGUAUCUCCGCGAGGAUUGGGGCUCGAAGGGCCAGUGGCCGGUUACGAUGAAGGUGAUGUGGGAUGAAUGA